AUGUGCCCGAAGCUCUGCACCAGCGGCACCACGUCCAGGCCCUGCGCCCGCGCCCGGCUCAGCACAGCCCGGAGCUCCGCGGGGCUGGGGAGAGACACGUCAGUGCCCCAGGGCACCGGGGGGUACCGGGCAGGCGUGCGGUGCCCGCAGCGGCUCCAGCGGCCCCGUAUACGGGAAGGUGUCCUCAUAUUCCAGCAGCAGCCCGGUGGCACCGAGGGCACGGAACAGCGGCAGCACCUGCGGGAGGGAGGGGACGGGGGGGAGCGGCCGGGCCGGGAUGAGUCCUGUUGUCCCCCUCCCCUCCUCACCUGUGCCAACGCCAGGAAGGGCCGGUCCCGGCAGGACCCGCGGGGAUGGCGGGCGAAGGCAGCGGCCCUGCUCCUCCUCUUCACCGCGGCCGUCGGCGGCCUCGUGCUCUGGAGCCGCCUGCUCGCCCAGGGUGGGAUCUCCGGGGAUGGGAUCCUCCAGGAUGGGGUCACCGAGGUGCUGGCACAUCGCAGCGACAGCCUGCGGGACAAGUUCGUGGAGAUCCCCUGCUCGGAGGACUACGACAGCCACAGGCGGUUUGAAGGGUGCACUCCUAGGAGGUGUGGAAGGGGUGUGAGCGAUGCCAUAAUCACAAGGGAAGAAGCUGAAAGAAUCCGUAGAAUAGCAGAGAGGGGACUGUCCUUGGGAGGAUCUGAUGGAGGGGCAUCAAUUUUGGACUUGCACUCUGGAGCUCUUUCCCUGGGGAAGCAUUUUGUUAAUUUGUACAGGUACUUUGGGGACAAAAUUCACGACAUCUUCACGGAAGAGGAUUUUGCAUUGUAUAGGGAUGUCAGACAGAGAAUUCAACAAAGGAUUGCUGAGGUGUUUGGGAUCAGCUCUUCCUCCAUGUACCUGACCAAGCCAACCUUCUUCUCCAGAAUGAACAGCACAGAGGCCAAGACAACCCAUGAUGAGUACUGGCACCCCCAUGUUGACAAGGUGACUUAUGGCUCUUUUGACUACACCUCUCUGCUCUACCUCUCUGACUACACCCAGGACUUCGGGGGAGGACGAUUUGUCUUCCUGGAUGCAGAUUCCAACAAGACAGUCGAGCCCCGAGCAGGCCGGGUUUCCUUUUUCACCUCUGGGUCGGAGAACCUUCACCGUGUGGAGAAGGUUCUCUGGGGCACUCGCUUUGCCAUCACCAUCUCCUUCACCUGCAACCCGGAGCACGGCAUCGGGGACCCAGUCCUGGGGUGACUCCUCUGGGGAUGGAGCACGAGGGCAAAUGGAAGGAGAGAAGCCCUGCAAGAGGAGAGGAAAAAGGGAGAUGACAUCUCUUGUUUUACCCCCACAUUCAAUCAGAAUUGCCCAGCUGUGUCAAUGGAUUAUAAUACACUUUGUUUUCACGUGACCUUUUCCGUAAGGACCAUGUCAGAUCUGAUGAAUUCUGAAAAUGGUUUGUUCUGUCCCAAAGAGUUCUUGAGUGGGCUCGUCAUUCUUUUUUUUUUAGUACUAUUUUUUUAAAAAUUCUUCAGUUUAAAAGAUACAAACCAUCUUUUGGGCCAUGCCUUGAUAUGUCUCCCCAUGCUGCUGCUACCUGUUUAAUUCUUUAGCCUUUUCAGUUACUCAUGUGAUGUAGAAAGUUUAACCUAAGUUAACUGAGCAAGGUGAGUGUUAUUUUGAACACACUUCCUGUUGAGAGGAAUGGAUUCUCCUGAGCAUGGGCAUUAGUGGGCAGUACACCUGGGGUUUGGCUACUGGGACUUACUUGAACUUCUGUUUUAAUUGAACUACUACUAUUUUUUGCUACAAACAGGGACUAGUUAAUACAAGGUCAGCAAUACAAUUCUCUGGCCAGAAAGCCUAUUGCUUUUGGAUUGCAAAUGCUUUGUGCAGGGAAUGUCACUGCACUAGAUCCCUUUGAUCAGAAUGCAGCAUUCCCAUUCUGAAGCAAAUGUUGAUCUGUUAUAUUCCUAGGAUGUAUAAUUUCUAUGAAACACUGAAAAUCUGGGAAUGUGCUUUGAUUUUUAAUUUUUUUUAAAAAAAAUUCUAUUCAUACAGUUUUGAUUCCUUAAUCUACCUUUUUAUGGAAAUAGUAAGUAUUGGGGGGAUUACCCUGCAGAUCAGUAUAAAGGGGAAUGGUGACAGGACACCUGGCCUUGUGAGUGCUCUCACUGGGCACACCAGCAAGGUUAGGCCUCUGUCAUUUGAUUUCUUUGUUCUCAAACCUGAAAAAGGCUUCCUUGUCUGUGCUAACAAGGAAGGGUUGUUAAAAAUGCUGGAUGCAAGGAAACAAUAAAGUCAAUUGCGUUUCCUAUUGAAA